AUGGUGGAAGGAGACUCUUAUGUGGAGACUCUAGACUCCAUGAUUGAAUUGUUCAAGGAUUACAAGCCUGGUUCCAUAACUUUGGAGAAUAUAACAAGACUCUGUCAGACGUUGGGCCUCGAGUCUUUUACAGAAGAAUUGAGUAAUGAACUUUCAAGACUCUCCACUGCAUCCAAAAUUAUCGUGAUAGAUGUUGACUACAAUAAGAAGCAAGACAGAAUUCAAGACGUUAAGCUCGUACUAGCAUCUAAUUUUGAUAAUUUUGACUACUUUAACCAACGAAAUGGGGAACAUGAAAAAAGUAACAUUCUUCUGAACUCCUUAACAAAGUAUCCUGAUUUGAAAGCCUUUCAUAACAAUUUGAAGUUUCUAUAUCUUUUAGAUGCAUACUCACACAUUGAGUCCGAUUCUACCUCCCAUAAUAAUGCUUCCUCUGACAAAAGUUUAGAUUCAAGCAAUGGUUCUCUUAACAACCAAGGUAAACUUGAUCUUUUCAAGUAUUUUACGGAACUUUCACACUAUAUUAGACAAUAUUUCCAAGACAACUGUUGCGACUUUAUAGUCAGGACCAAUUUAAACGACAAAUUUGGAAUAUAUAUUUUAACCCAGGACAGGAAUGGUAAGGAGGUGCCUUUAGCUAAGGUUUAUUUAGAUGAGAAUAAAAGCGAUUUACAGUACAGAUUCUAUGAGUAUAUAUACUCACAGGAAACCAAAUCCUGGAUAAAUGAAUCUGCUGAGAACUUUUCAAACGGAAUUUCUUUAGUUAUGGAGAUAGCAGCAAACGCUAAGGAAGAUAAUUGUACAGAUUUAAUCUGGUUUCCUGAAGAUUUCAUAUCACCAGAGCUUAUUAUAGAUAAAGUUACAGGUUCAUCAAGUUCGUCUUCUUCGCCACCUAUAAUUGAUUUAUUUUCAAACAAUAACUACAAUAGUAGGAUACACCUGAUGAAUGAUUUUACAACGAAGUUAAUCAAUAUUAAGAAAUUUGACAUUAGCAAUGACAACCUAGAUCUAAUCUCUGAGAUACUAAAAUGGGUCCAAUGGUCGAGGAUAGUACUCCAAAAUGUUUUUAAACUAAUCUCCACUCCCAAUUCAAAUUUGAACUCACCAGGACUUGAACCUGACCACUCGGCUCCAUUCUCCACCUUGGCUAAAGACAAAAUUUCUUCAACAUCUAAAACGGAACCGAUCCCAAGGACUAACAGACAUGGAAGUGUAGUUGAGGCCUCUAGAAGGAGGCGUUCCUCAACAAAUAAGAGUAAACGUCCCAGUAUAACUGAAGCAAUGAUGCUUAAAGAAGAGGGUCUACAACAAUUUAAUUUGCAUGAAAUUUUAUCUGAACCCGCAAUAGAGGAAGAAAAUGGAGAAAGUAUCAAAGCGCAGUCUUCAACUACGGAAGGUGGAAAUGACCUUGGAUUUACCGCCUCUGUUUCAAAUCAAGAAAAUGCAGAAAAUGAUAUUGUGAUGGAAGAUGACAGUGUACUACAAGGUACUAGUACAGAUUAUGGUGGUGAACCGGUGGAAGGAGCAGACAUAGAAAUGAAAGACGUUAGCUCUAAGCCUAAUCAAGCUGAGUCAUCGGUCUUACAAUUAAUUGUAAGUGAAGAUCAUAUUACUCUCGACACUAUUUCUGAAUGUAAUUUGUAUGAUGAUGUGAAGUGCUGGAACAGGUUUAUCAAGAAAUUCCAGGAUAUUGUUAGCUGA